CCAUAUAGCGUCGCGACUCCCGGCAUUCGACUUAGUUACUAUUCCACUCGUGCAGCACCUUUUGUAAACCUCACUCUAUUUCGAAAAGCACUGCUCGGUACACUGAGACACAUUCUUCCAACGACACCAAACAACAACACUACCAAAUCAAAAUGCCGGCCCGUAACAAGGAUCAAGAAAAAGAAGUGAUGGACUGGAUCGAAGCAGUUCUUGGAGAGAAACUACCACCUGGAAACUAUGAGGACAUCCUUAGAGACGGAGUUGUUCUCUGCAACUUGAUCAACAAGAUUGCCCCAGGUUCGGUCAAAAAAAUCCAGACCAAAGGAACCAAUUUCCAACUUAUGGAGAACAUUCAAAGGUUCCAGGCAGCUCUUAAAAAGUAUGAAGUGCCAGAAGAAGAAAUUUUCCAAACCGCUGAUUUGUUUGAGAGGAGGAACAUUCCUCAAGUUACCCUUUGCUUGUACUCUUUGGCACGACUUACCCAGAAACAUCCAGAGUACGCAGGACCAAGGCUGGGGCCUAAAAUGGCUGACAAGAAUGAGAGAACUUUUACCGAAGACCAGCUCCGCGCCAGUGAAGGUCACCUGAACCUUCAAAUGGGUUUCAACAAAGGUGCUAGCCAAUCUGGACAUGGUGGUUUCGGCAAUACGAGACAUAUGUAAAUUUUAUAUUAAAUUCGAAUUGUAAAUUGUGUAUUUAGAAAUAUAAUUUUUAAUAUGAUUA